AUGGAGAUUAAGAAUAACGGAGGAGAUUGGCAGAAGUCGUCGGAAGCCACGGCGGAGGUGGAGACGGAUUUGAACAACUGGCUUCCGAUUACGCAAUCGAGAAACGGAAACUGGCAGUACUCUGCUUUUCACAAUGUCACCGCCAUGGUUGGCGCUGGAGUUCUUGGUCUCCCUUUUGCCAUGUCGCAGCUCGGAUGGGGACCGGGAGUGGUAGUAAUAGCAUUAUCAUGGAUAAUAACAUUGUACACGUUGUGGCAAAUGGUGGAGAUGCACGAAGUGGUACCGGGAAAGAGGUUCGAUCGGUACCACGAGCUUGGACAGCAUGUGUUUGGGGAGAAGAUGGGUCUAUGGAUAGUGGUGCCACAACAACUAAUGGUGGAGGUCGGUACUGACAUUGUGUACAUGAUCACCGGUGGCAAUUCUCUGAAGAAAAUCCAUGACUUGGCUUGCCAUGGCAGCUGCAAGUCGAUCAAGACCACUUACUUCAUCAUGAUCUUUGCUUCUGUUCACUUCUUUCUUUCUCAUCUUCCUAGCUUGGACUCCAUCACUCUCGUCUCUCUCGCUGCUGCUGUCAUGUCCUUGAGUUACUCGAUCAUAGCAUGGGCCACUUCAGCUCACAAAGGUGUGAUUCCAGACGUGAGCUACGGACCCAGAGCCUCGACCACAACAGGCAAUGUCUUCAACUUCUUAUCAGCCUUAGGGAAUGUGGCCUUUGCAUUUGCAGGCCAUAAUGUGGUUCUUGAGAUUCAAGCCACCAUCCCGUCGACCCCUGACCGCCCGUCGAACAAGCCCAUGUGGAAGGGCGUCGUCAUCGCCUAUCUCAUUGUGGCACUCUGCUACUUCCCUGUUGCGCUUGUUGGCUACUUCGUCUUCGGCAACUCCGUCCAAGAUAAUAUCCUUCUCUCCCUUGACCGACCCGCUUGGCUCAUCAUUCUCGCUAAUAUCUUCGUCGUCAUUCAUGUCAUUGGUAGCUACCAAGUCUAUGCUAUGCCUGUUUUUGAUAUGAUGGAGUGUUUCUUGGUUAAGAAGAUGAAGUUUAAACCUUCUCGUUGCCUUCGCUUCGUCUCUCGAUCCCUUUAUGUUGCGCUUACAAUGUUUGUUGGCAUGACUUUACCUUUUUUCGGUGGACUUCUAAGUUUUUUUGGAGGCUUUGCGUUUGCUCCCACAUCAUACUAUCUGCCUUGCAUUCUGUGGCUUGCCAUAAAAAAGCCAAAACGCUUUAGCCUUUCUUGGUUUGUUAAUUGGAUUUGCAUUAUUCUUGGAGUAGCCUUGAUGUUGCUGGCCCCCAUUGGAGCACUUAGGAAUAUCAUUAUUCAAGCUAAGACUUUCAAAUUCUACAAUUGA